GUAAUGAGGUGCGCAUGCGUUUACAAGCAUCGAGUAAAGUAGCAUGGCGUCCACCAACGAAGGUUCUGCGAAACAAGAGGAAGUUGAAAUCAACGGCAGACCUUUGACGAAGCUAAAAGUCGACGAAUUAAAACAAGAACUCAUUUCCAGAGGCUUGGAUAAAUCUGGUCUCAAGAAAGAACUUCAGGAGCGGCUGAUAAAGGCAAUUGAAAAAGAGAAAAGAAAUGCAAAUGGUUCUACUUCAAAUGCGCCAGAGCCAGAAGCAUCUACCCAUAAUGAUGAAGAGAUAGCCAGCCAAGAAGUUUCAUCAACAACAAUAGAUGAUGACGAGCAUUGCUUCAACCGUGGGCUCAAAUAUGGAAAGCAGUUCUGGCAAGCUCGAUGAGAAUAAUGAUGCAUCAACAAGUGGCAAAGGCAAUGAAAGUAUAACGACCGAUUUGCCUAAAGAUUCGUUGGAAGUUGACAGUGUCUCAGAUGUGACCAAAGACCUUCAGGAAAAUGAAAACAAGGCCACCAAUGAGUCCGAUGCUACAAAAGAUUUGAAGAAAACUGCAAACAAUCCUGAAAGUGUUGAAGAUGGUGAGAUAGAUGAAGAAGAGAAAAAAGAAGAUCAGAAACCUUCAGUGGGCGAGAAAAGGCGAAAAAUAUCCUUAACCAGGCAAAUUUCCAACAAUCCUCCCACACCUGGAACAAGAAAGAGAAAAUGGAGUUCAAACAAGUCAAAAUCUUCGGUUGUCAUCAGUACAGACUCACUAAAGGAGUUAAUUCCCGGUGUACAGUUAGCAUCGACACCCGCACUUGAGGCAGUUAUGGAACUUGAUGACGAUCGGGAUGAAGAAAGUGAAACGAAGGAUGAAAAAGACGAAAAAGAAGCGAGAUCAAUGGAUGAAAAAUCGCCAUUUAAAAAGAGGAUUGUUCAUAUUGCCGAGUCGAAAACAGUGAAGUUAAGUGGAAGCUUUAAGAAUGGAGAAAUGGGCAACAUGGAAAAUGACAUUUCAAGUGAAAGAGCAGGUGAUGAUGGACACGACGAGAGCCAAUCGUUAACUCUUCCACCUGCGGAGGAUCCCUUACCCGUCAAGAAAGCGAUAUCCCCACCGCUCAAUCCACCUUCAUGUGCUAUCCACGUGGCUCAACUCGUGCGACCGUUUACUCAGAAGCAACUGAUGCAGUAUCUUUCACAAUUUGGCUCUCUGACUGAAGAAACAUUCUGGAUCAAUAAGAUCAAGUCGCAUUGCUAUGCUGUUUAUCCCACUGUUGAGGAAGCUACGCAUGCGCGUCAGUCAAUACAUGGAGAACGUUGGCCAGCCACGAGCCCCAAAACGCUGAUUGUCGACUUUGCUGAUAAUAACAAGAUGUUGGAAGAUACAGAAGGUGCUCUAGGUAAGAAAGAGGAAGCUGGCACAGAGAAAAUGGAAGAAACUGCGGAAGAAAAGAAUGAAGAUACCGAAGAGCCAAGCAAGACAAAAGAGAAGAGCAGUAAAAGACACAAGGAAAAGAAAGAGAAAAAGAAAGAGGAACCAAGUGCUGUCAGCCUUCUCGAUCAGCUGUUUCGUAAAACUACAACUGAACCAUGUAUUUAUUGGUUACCUCUCACAAAUGAACAGAUCGUUGCAAAAGAGAAAGAACGCGAAGAACGACGCAAAAAGAGAGAGUUGGCUCUAAAACAGGAAGAGAAGAAUGUCCCUAAUCAGAAGGUACCCGAAGACACGACCAGACUCGACGACAGACCAAGACUACGCGAGCCUGAACGAGCGAAAGCAAGAGAGACACCGCGCGUACAAGAACGGAGACCGCUGCAAGAUAAUCGUGGGCGUUCGCCACCACCUCGUCAACGACCGGAAAGGCGAGGGUCACCUCCUCCUAAGAGGCGAAGCCGUAGCAGAAGUCCAGGUUUUCGACGAAGGAGAUGAAAAAAAAGAAGAAAUGAAAGAUCAAACUAAACUCAUAGAAGGUAGUGAGAAUCUGUCGACCGUAUAUUUCUUCGACAAUGUUUCAUUCUUUUAUUUAACGUGAGCUAAUUGUAAAGACUUUCUAGUUAAUUUUCAGGCUAUUCCAAUUAAUAACUCUUUACUUUAGUGAAGUGGUGCAUGUAGUGUAAGUUGUAAUUGUAACAGAUCAAUCAUCAAUCUAGGAGUGGUGUGCAUCACUCUGUACCUAUGUACCCACCGUUAUCCCCCAGUAAAGGCAUUCUUGCUUCCUUUGUCUUAAUCAUGAAUGGUAAUGUGCCUUCUUCACUUAUUUUUAACUACUGGACAAUUGAGAAAUUUGUGAUGCAUUUGUGGAAUUUGUAUCAAUUUGUGCAUUCUCCCAUAUUUCUUGCUUAUUAUAAUACCAAGAGACAAAUCAAUCAACACGAAAUACUUUUUUUGUUUAUUUACAAUAAAAAUGGUGAAUUGCUUGCAAAAA